UAGCAAUACCUGAGUUAGUACUCUGACAUUCAGUGUGUUAUCAAUACCUGAGUUAGUGCUCUGACAUUCAGUGUGUUAUCAAUACCCGAGUUAGUGCUCAGAUAUUCAGUGUGUUAGCAAUACCUGAGUUAGUGCUCAGACAUUCAGUGUGUUAGCAAUACCUGAGUUAGUGCUCAGACAUUCAGUGUGUUAGCAAUACCUGAGUUAGUGCUCUGACAUUCAGUGUGUUAUCAAUACCUGAGUUAGUGCUCCGAUAUUCAGUGUGUUAGCAAUACCGGAGUUAGUGUUCAGCCUUUAUCCACAGUUGUGUAUCAAAACUUAGUAUUUUCUAUAUAUAGAGAGGACAAAAAGCUGUGGAAAGUAUUAUAUAUUUAUGAAGCAGUACAAUACUGGUUUUCAUCCAACUAAAACAACUAACCAACAAUUCCUAUGUUUUAGUUCUUAGUUUGGCAAACAUGGCUUUGCAGGCGGAUCAUAGAAUCAAUAUAGAUCUGAUAAGUUAACUUCAUUAGGAAUGGUGGUAUUAUUCUACCAUGUAGGUUUCAUUACGUUCCAUUAAAGUGUGCAGACACUGCAUGUUUGCAUAUCUUUGGAAAUGGGUGCAUUUUCUUACACUCUGUAGCCAGUGUUUUAUGCACUGUUACUCUUAGUAUAUUUUGUAUUCAGUGUCCUAUAUACUGAAUUUAUUUAGUUAAUUUGCAUAUUUUUGUUUGAUAGCCAGUGCUCUAUACACUGUAGUUUUCGGAUGGUUUUAGAGAUAUAGUAGAGUAGUGCUCCAUCUUACUUUUAAUUUUUAUACUUUAGUUUUUUGAAAGAGUCUUUAAAAAUAACUGUUUCGUUUAGACGGUUUUCUUAUAACUCUGGUUCUUGAAGAAUAACUGUUUUGUUUUGAUUGUUUUCUUACAAGAGCUAGUAGUUCUGAUGUGUUAUUUAUCAUGCUUUGGACUAGGUCAGACAAAUAGUAGACUACUAAUUUAGCAGUAUGUUAUCUAUUUUUGGACGAAUUCAAAAAUGUUAGUUUUUGUCGCACUCUUUGAGAGACCAGUAGUUUAGACCAGCUAAAACAAUUGAGUUUUGAUGAAGAGCCUGCUCUGGAUAUUUUAUACCAGUCCAAAGUUUAGGUAAUAUCCAAUCAAGUUUCAGACUUAAGACUUAGACCAGUUUAUUGUGAAAUGUAUGGUGUCCAUCAUGGCUAUUACAAUCAAUAUGCUAUGCCCCAAAGCUAUCCUGCACAAGUUCAACUGCCACAGUAUAUACAUUACCUGUUUACUAUGCCACACUACACUUAUGCACCUACAGUCAUGCAACAACACCUGCAUACCUACGAAGUGCAGCAAGCCAUACAUACAAACAUGCAGGUACCACAGUACAUGUAUACACAACAUGCCAUGCCACAGAGCAUGCAUCCAAACAUGUAUUACAUGGAAACUGUGCCUCAGCAACAAGGGCAAUGCACCCAGCCAUGCGCAUGCAUCAAUUGCAUUAAGACACAAAACCUAAAUACAACAGUGACCUCUGACCACACAGUGGGAAUACUAUCAGAAUCACACACUCCCACUCAAAACAUUGAAACAAAUGUGGUCAAAAGCUCGGAAUUGCUAGAAUGCAAUGUCAAUAUCACUGUGCCAGUUUCUUCUAUAUGCAGAAAGUCAAGUCCAAUACCAGAUAGUAUUGCUGGAAAGAAAGAAAGGACUGACCAUGAGCAUGAAGGUAACAGGACAGAUAUUGAAAUACAGAGAGAUCUACCUUCGGUUGUGAUUCCCACGACAGUAGAUACAGAAGUACCAGUCACAUUGACGGACACUGAAGACUGUCCCAUAAUGGUUGAGUCACAACAACAAAGGUGCUCAAAAAUCAGAUCUAAUUUGUCAAUGAUGGAUCACAAUGCAGUAAUUGGUACACAGUCAAGUUCAAUAGGAAUUAAUUCCCUUGAUCUUGCAGAAACAAUUGUUGGCAAAUUGUUUCAGAAUCAACAUCGUAUCAAUUUAGAUGCAAGGGAGUCAACAAUUUAUCUUGCAGAAACAUUUGUUGGCAAAAUGUUUCGGGAACAAAUGCAAAACCAAUCAGAUGCAAGUCAGCCAACUUUCCAUCUUGCAGAAACAUUUGUUGGUAAAAUGUUUCAAAACUGCGUAUGUUCCAUUGAUCCAGAGACAAAUCACGAGCUUGUCUCAAAGGUCAGUUCAGAAGCUGAACCCGAGACUGAACCAGAGUCUGUCAUUGACGCAUGUGCACAAAUACAAUCGCCGGCUCAUCGGACUGUGCCUGCCAUGCUUAUCAAUACAGACUCUAUAAAGCUAUCUCCACAGCCUGCUGGAACAACGGUCGCAUUGGCUGUGCUACCAGUUAAGCUUGGCAUUAGUUGUGCACCUAAAGACUCUAUGGAGCUUUCGCCACAGCCUGCUGGAACAACGGCCGCAUUGGCUGUGCUACCAGUUAAGCUUGGCAAUGUCAUGGUGGAGAGGAAAACAGUACAUACUAACAUCAGUAUACAUGCACACUUUCGUCCGCAGACGGACAUAAACACAUCUGCUCGAUCAAGGCCAUUUCCCAAACAUCACUGCAGGCCUCGUACACAUGCAUUGUGUUCUGUGCCAUAUACUCAACACAACUAUAGCUUCGGCUUGCCUACUGAGAACAAGUGCUGGACUGUACCUUGGUAAAACAAUUAUGCAGCCUAUGUCACGUAUCAUUAUGCGUAGAUCACUUCAGUAGUUACAUAUCUACUGUCACAAUUCCAACUUGGGUUUACCUAGAGUGACUGCAAUUUCAUUAGACAAAAUGACUAGGUAAUUGAUAACAAUGCCUAAGACUAAAUUGUUUAGUACACAAUGUACAUUUUAAGUUUAAGGUAUUAACGGUAGAAUCCGUGAAAGAAUGCCAAAUACUGUGCUUAUUUGGGUUGUAUUUUCUUACAGUCGCUGGCUGUGAACAUUACAGUCUAUGGCUGUGUUUAUUUUGGGUUGUAUUUCCUUACAGUCGUUGGCUGUGAACAUUACAGUCUAUGGCUGUGUUUAUUUUGGGUUGUAUUUUCUUACAGUCGCUGGCUGUGAACAUUACAGUCUAUGGCUGUGUUUAUUUUGGGUUGUAUUUUCUUACAGUCGCUGGCUGUGAACAUUACAGUCUAUGGCUGUGUUUAUUUGGGGUUGUAUUUUCUUACAGUCGCUGGCUGUGAACAUUACAGUCUAUGGCUGUGUUUAUUUUUGGUUGCAUUUUCCUUCAGUCAAUUGCUGUGAAGAUUACAGUUUAUGGCUGUGUUUAGAAUUUACACCUGACUGUGACGACAGUAAAUGGUUACCAUUACCUGGCUGUGACAACACGGUAAAGGGUAACAAUCGUCAUACAGUGUCUGACUGUAUCUCGGUUUAUUACAUGCAGUCUCUGACUGUAUAUUGUUUUACACACAAGAGCCUCUGGCUUUGUGUUUUAUAUUGUCUCAAAAGAAUGAUUUUGUUCCAGUUUGUGAAAUUCUAAAUCAUGUAUAUUCUCAAUUACUGAAGAUCAACUUCAAAAUAACAAAUAUUCUAAGUUUUUGUUUCAUUAUUUCAUAGCCUGAGACAAUGUAUUUAAUUCUGAAUAUGUAUAUGUCAUUUUGUACAAAUACUGUUUAUUUAUUGGUGAUAUUUUCUAAAACCCAAUUUGUUUAAAUAGUGGAGGCAAGUGUUAAAUAUGUAGCUGUAUUAAUUCACUUUAUGCUGUCAUUUUGUACAAAUACUGUUUAUUUAUAGGUGAUAUUUUCUAAAACCCAAUUUGUUUAAAUAGUGGAGGCAAGUGUUAAAUAUGUAGCUGUAUAGUUCACUUUAUGCUGUCAUUUUGUACAAAUCAACUUCUUUAUAGAUUUUGUCCCGUGGUUUAAUCUUGCUUAUGCACACUGUGAUUUUAUUUAACAAAUAUUGUAAAACAGGCAUUAAGUUUCAGAUCAUCUUUGAAACACAAUCAAAAUCUUCAAUAGAUGCAGCUAUACAUGAAAUCCAGGGGUCUCUACAGCCCAGUAGCUAACUACGUCGUUACUAGCUUGAAAAUACGGAUGUAAUUUAAUUGCUGGGAUAAAAUUUAGAAAUUUACUUCAAAAUUUAGGAUUAUCUUCCUCAUGCAUAGCUUUUAUCCUUGGACGAAUUUGGCUCCAGUUUUAGGCACUCUAGUUUUCCUUUUAGCUCUUACAAGUUUAUUGUUAUUUCGAAUUUCCAAAAUUGCGGCUUGAACAUCACUGAAGAGACAUUAUUUGUCGAAAUGUGCAUCUGGUGCAUCAAAAUUGGUACCGUAUAAGUUUUAAAAUAUGCAAAUAUACAUAAAAAUCAGUAUAUGCACCCAGGGGUGCAUGAGCCGAGUUGCAUGGGAUACAUUGUAAAGCCAGGAAUGAUGUGGCAUAUUUAUAAUUGUGAAGAACUAAUUUCAGUUUUAAACUUUUCGAGUUACUCUCCAGAAACCAUAUUUGUCUGAAGUUUUCAAUCUAUAUUCGGUCACUGUGACUUUGACCUUUGUUCUCCAAAAUCAAUAGAGGUCUUGCUUUGCUGGUAUCCAACAAUAUAUCCAAGUUUCAUUUGAUUCAAAUUAAAAAUUUUCGAGUUAUCCUCCGGAAACCAAUUUUUUUUUGGAAUUUAAAAUAUAUUUUCGGUCACUAUGACCUUGACCUUUGACCUCUUUUCUCCAAAAAUCAAUAGUGGUUUUCCUUACCUGCUACACAACAAUCUCUUAAAGUAUAAUUUGAUUCGGAUUUAAACUUUCUGAGUUAUCCUCCGGAAACCAAAUUUUUUUGGAAUUUUAAAUCUAUUUUCGGUCACUGCGACCUUGACCUUUGACCAAUUUUCUCAAAAAUCAAUAGGAGUCUUCAUUACCUGGUACACAACAAUAUCUUAAAAUAUUUGAUUCGGAUUUAAACUUUCUGAGUUAUCAUCCGGAAACAAAAUAUUUCUGAAAUUUUCAUUCUAUCUUCGUUCACUGUGACCUUGACCUUCGACCUUUUUCUCCAACAUCAACAGGGGUCUUCCUUACCUGGUACCCAACAAUAUAUCAAAGUUUCAUUUGAUUCGGAUUUAAACUUUCGGAGUUAUCAUCCGAAAACCAAAUUUUUCUGAAAUUUUCAUUCUAUUUUCGGUCACUGUGACCUUGACCUUUGACCUUUUUUCUCCAAAAUGAAUAGGGGUCUUCCUUGCCUGGUUACCAACAAUAUAUCAAAGUUUCAUUUGAUUAGAUUGUAAGCUUUUCGAGUUAUCAUCCGGAAACCAAUUGUUGACGCCCAACCGCCCGCCCGCAUCACCAAACCAAUAGCCGAGUUCAACUUCGUUGCAACUCGGCUAAAAAUUCAGGUAGAUGAUGAAAUUUAAUUAGAGGUGAAAAAUGUUGUACAAUGCAGAUCGUCCAGUCACGGAUGUCGGAGAGCUUGCACAACGCCACGAGGAAGCCAAGGGAACUGCAUCAUUUCUAAAAUCUGAAGUUAUACGUCACACACAAGGAGUACGCUGACUCGCAACUGUGUGGUAAAGCCGUGCGUUACACCACCCACGCAUUGAAAAUGGGACGUUCAACGAGCAAAAGUAACUUGAUGAAACUCCUGAUUUAAGAGGCCGGAAUUCCGGGUUAGUCUACGAAUCAUUCUGGAAAGCGCACAUUGACCACAACCCUCUAAGGUAGCAGGGACAGUUUCUCACCCUCUGAGGUAGGAGGGGACAGUUUCGCACUGUAGGCCCGGUCAACUUUCUUAACAAGAAUAUCGCGAACGGUACAUAAUAUGCCCGUGAAAAUGCUUACAUAUGGUGUUUUUCUUAAUCCAUAAUUUGUAGAACUUUGCUUAAGGUAGUAUCAGCCAUCAUCAGGCUGUGACAUACUUUCUUACCCUAAUACGAAUAUUUCCUAAACAAGGACUAAGUUCAAUCACCUGUAAUUUUCUCAGAAAGAAAAAUGACGGAAAUAAAAAUCCUUGCCACAUGCACAUACUCUGUAAAAUAAGAAGGUCGGUCCUCAGUUGAAAACUGUGGAACGAAAAACAGACAAAUCAUGUACUCUCUAUGUAAAAGUUCUUCAAACUGACUAAGUUUAAUAACAUGUAAUUUUCUCAAAAAUUGAAGCUUGUCACAUGCACAAUUUCACAUAGUUCCAUAAAUUUUGUUUUGGUCUUUUUCAAUAGUUAUUGUAAAAAAUCUUGUUAACCAUGAAAUAUUUCAAAAGUCGAAGUUGUAUAUGAAUAAUCAAUUACAUGUAUAUUUUUCAAAAUAUUAAAUCCAAGGACAAUGACUCUGUUUUCAUUAAAUUAUUUAUCAAAUCUAUUAUGCGAUAUAUUUCUUUUAUUUUUCGAAACAUUUUGUAUGUUUUUCAAAGAAACAGUUUCAUGAAAUUUUUAUGAAUACUAUUAUAUCGUUUCAACCAGUUUUUGUGAAAUUUCGAUAAUCCUGUUAAAGAAAAAUUGCAAUUUUCUGACGUUAGUACAGGUAUAUGUGUGCUAAUUAAUAAAAAAAAAAAAAAUGUGCUAAUACCGCAACGUACUUUUAAUAUCAUUUUUCUUUGUUACUACCCAAGACAUAUUAUUUGAAGAAUCGACAAUCAAAUAUAAGAUUUAAUCUAUAAUUCUAGAGGGGUGGGAUUGCCUUCAAUACCUGUAUAAAUCCUCUGUACAACAAGAAGGUUCUCACUUGAAAACAGUGGGAGGAGAUCACUGAACAAAUCAUGUACUCUCUUUGCAACAUUUUCUCAAAUGGACUAAGUUCAGCAACCUGUAAUUUUCUCAAAAAUUGAAGAAAAUCAAUAUCCUUGCCACAUGCACAUCUUCAUUAUCCAUACCAACACUCUGGAAAACCAGAUGGUCCUCACUUGAAAAUUGUGGGAGAGGUUAGCCGGACAAAUUAUGUACCCUCCAUAUAGCAAUCAUUUUCAAAUAAAAGGCAAAACUCCUGCAAGAGAGGUCGAAAUGGAUCAAAAUUGUAACAUGAUCUAGAGUAAUCCACAAAGAAGCUACAUAGUAAGUUUUAACUUGAUAUGUGACAGAGAAAUAAAUUAGAAACAGAAAACCCCGAACGGACUGACGGACAGGGAGACGAACGGACGGAUGGACAGACGGACGUACAAGCAUCGCUGUACCAUAAUACGUCUCGUCUAAAGACGGGCGUAUAAAAAUGGAAAUACCCAUAUCUGAAGUGAUAUUACAUAUGUAAAAAUGUAUACACAAUGAUUUUAAGAUACAUAGCAGAUGUAGCUGAGUGCUUAAUGAAAAAGUUGCAGCAUGUAGGUGUCGUCACGAUUCCUAGCAUGUAAAUGGGCGCAAAUACGAAACUAAGACACGUGGUCAGUUGCCAAAGACAUGCAUGGUCCAACAAAAAGUCUGUAGCUGGGAGGGAAGGUGGAUGGCCGCUUAUGAAAGGUAGAUUUUUAAGAAGGGCAGACAUGGGUCUUGAUUGUGCACAGUGUCUAAAUCCCCAUGUUUGGUACAGUGAUGGUGUGGGGGUGGUGCGUAUUAGCCCAAAUGAGAGAAAAUCAAAGCAAGAAAGGGACACCUGCUCGGAGCAUGUUUUGUGCACCAGUAUGUAUAGAAUUAUAUGUAAUUUAGGGUCAUGAUUUAUUAACUAGACCAAUUUGAAAUGCAAGUAUUGAUAUAAAAGGUAAAUACGAUUUUUCAUUAGUCUGUCAUAAUCUGACUUUGAUAUAUACCUCUUACCCACAUGUUUUAGAACGAAAAAAAUAAUAAUAAAACCCUGCCCCUGCCACCUAACAAGUAGGCCUUUCAGAGAAAUAGGAGGUAAAUUAAUGAAAACAAAAUUGUCCUCGCUCGGCUGGAAAUGUGAGCAAAUGCAAACGAUCCUCUGAACUGAAUUAGUUUGGAGUCCCAGUCGUAGCAAAUAAUCAAUAAAGAGUCAUCGAAAAAAAUUAAUGAAAGGAAAAAAAGUUGAGAAAAUCUGGCAGUGUUUUUUUAAAACUAGUUUUUUUAAAUUUUAUUUACUUAUUUGUUUUAUUUUUUAGUGUUGUGCACAUACCGAUACAUCAGAUAUACAUUAAUUGAAAGAAAAAGAAACAAAGCAUAUGAGCUGAAGGUAUGUGGGAUUUGAGAGAGAAAGAAAAAGAGGAAGCGAGAGAAGUUAAGAAAACAGAAAGUUUCAUCGAUUCCAAUGGGCAUCGAUCUUUUCCUUUAUACCAUUAUUAUACGAAAUAAAUUUUUGAGUUUCAUAAAAAAAAAAAAUCAUUUGUGAAAUUGCAGCACACACACUCAACUGUACUUUAUUUUCACAAUCAAAGCAAACAACUGAUAUUGUAAGAGAAUUACUUAGAGUUCAUGAGUUCUGAUAUUGUGAGAGAAUUACUUAGAGUUCAUGAGUUCUGAUAUUGUGAGAGAAUUACUUAGAGUUCAUGAGUUCUGAUAUUGUGAGAGAAUUACUUAGAGUUCAUGAGUUCUGAUAUUGUGAGAGAAUUACUUAAAGUUCAUGAGUUCUGAUAUUGUGAGAGAAUUACUUAGAGUUCAUGAGUUCUGCUCGUGUCAUGGAAUGUUAUCAACAUUUAAUUGUCGUUUCUUCUCUUGUAAUAAGUGCAUUAUUAAAGUCUUUAAAAGAAAUGAUGAGCUCAAUUUUGUGUAUGUCUAAAAGUUUCCAAGUUUCCUCUCAUGAGUUGGUACAUGUGACCCUUAGCGACUUCAGGCACAUGAUAAAGGUGUCGGCAAACGACCAAUAAUUUUGUAAAAUUUAUUAAAAACAAAAUUAGAAAAAACGGCAAUAUAUCUGCUCAUUGGAACGGCAAGUUUUCCGUUCUGCGAUCUGUGGUCAAUGAAACGGCAAAGUGUGAGAUGUACAUGUUUGUUUAUAUACAUGUACAUGGCGGGUGUAAACAAUAAACGGGUAUCAAGUAUGCUUCAUUGUCGUAAGUGCGGGUUUGUUACAAAUUGUUCAUUGUCUUAUCAAUUGGUCGAUCGAUGUUGGGAAGCUUUAACUGUUUAAUUCAAGUUUGUAAGUCAUUUAAUCAUUGGAAAUCAUCGAAAAAAAAUUACAAUGUAUGAGCGUAUAGAUAAAAGAAAAUUUCUGGUGGAAAUCUGAAUUUCAGUCAAAA